UACGGGGCAAGCCCAGGAGAGAGGACAGAGGCCUUCGUGGGGCCCUGCUGACUCACAUUUAGCAGUCACCCUGCAGUCUGGUGCCAGAACGCCAACUUGCUCACUUCCAGCGAGCACCAGGACUGCCAAGGAUGCAGAAGGCUCUGAGUGGGCACGUCCUCUCCCUGGGAGCAUCUACACAGGAAGCCAGGUCAUACCGAGAUGAGCUGGAGGAGUCCAAGCCGGACACAGGGCCACUGAUGAGGUUGGGGCCAGGGGGAGUUGGGCUCUGCCCAUUUCCACCCUUAGUGCCAACCUGCCCAGGAAACAGUUGGUCCCCAAGGGUUUGGGGGGACACUACCAACGUGGCCUCUGAGUCAGAUCUGCUGGCUGACCUGGGGACUGCCACUCUUCCUGUGUGUGAAGACUUGGCUUCCAGGAAGGGCUUGCUGGACAAACAGCCCUAUUUCCUUAAGGGUCACAAGCAAGACCUGCUACCACAUGGCUGGAGUGGGGCAUGUGAGGACUGUGGAGAUGAAUUCUGCCUUGGGAUAAGGCACAUGCCAUCAAGCCAACAUUUUCCAAGUACCUCUGGGAGGCAGAUCCUGUCUUGACACCACCAAGUUCCCUGCCAGCCCUACUCACUUGGGCCCGAAGCACAUGCAGAGGCUGGCGAGGUAGCCGUUGGAGAAGGCAAAGGCGGCCAUGAAGAAGAUGAACCAGGCAUCGUGCUCGAAGACCACAGUCAGGUAGUGGCGAGGCUUGAUGUUGCACAGCAGUAGCAGCGGCACAAACACCAGCCGGGCCAGCACCAGGCUUGGCAGCCAGCGGCUGUCCUUCCCAGGCUGUGGGCACCAGGCAGGGCCUCAGCCCAGGCCACCACCCCAGGGCACAGCCAGGACCCCAAGGAUCCAUCUGGGGCCUCUCAGGACCUGAACUGAAACCUCAAAGCCUGGUUCGCCUUAGGGGGUUACUCUUGAAAGGGGCACGGUGGAGCCCUCUGGAAUGCUGGAAAUAUUCUAUAUCUCCAUCUGGGCAGGUAUGCAUAUAUAUAUAUA